AUGCUGGAUUUUUUUAAACGACAAUUUCAACAUCGAAGUUCAUACGAACAAUUUAACUAUGAAGUUAAUAAAAGUUAUAAAAGUAAAUUAGAUCUUAUACGUUUAAGUUCUGUUGUAUGUGGUAUUGAAUUUUGCUAUGCGGCCGAAACAGCUUUCGUUUCACCAAUUUUACUUCAAAUGGGUUUACCCAUUGUCUUCAUGACUUGGGCAUGGUGUUUACCACCCUUAAUUGGUUUCUUUCUUGUACCAGCACUUGGUUCAUUGAGCGAUAAAUGUAAUACACGAUUUGGACGACGACGUCCAUUUAUAUUUCUUUAUUCAAUUGGUAUUUUGAUUGGUCUGUCAUUGGUUGCAAAUGGUCGGCUACUUGGAGAAUGGUUUGGAGAUGUAAAAAACGAAGAUACCGAUGAUAUACAAGUAGGAAAUCAAACCAGCAGGAAGAAUCAAGAAAAUUCAAACCCAUUAUUAUCACAUAAAUAUGGUGCAACAUUAACUGUACUCGGUGUUCUUCUACUCGAUCUUGAUUGUGAUGCAUGUCAAAGUCCUAGUCGAGCUUAUUUACUUGAUGUUACCAAUCCUAGCCAGCAUGCAUUGGGUCUGACAACAUUUACGUUCAUGGCGGGUUUAGGCGGUUGUCUCGGAUAUUUUCUUGGUGGAAUUCCAUGGGAACAUACUUUUUUAAAACGUGUACUGGGUGAUCAUAUUCAUGUUCUAUUUACAUUAGUGUUUAUUAUCUAUGUCAUUUGUAUGAUUUUAACAUUAACAGCAUCAAAAGAGUCAACUGAUAUUACAAAUGUAAUACCAAGUAUCGGUCGAUCAGCAUCACGUCAAUUAUAUGUUUCUUCAGAAAAUGUAACUGGCAAUGCUAAUAAUGAAAAUCCCUACGAAACAUCAACGAACAAUGUCAUGACAGUAUCCUAUUUGGAUUAUAUCCGAUCAAUUAUCUAUAUGCCAUCAUCAUUACGAUGGCUGUGUUUAACGAAUUUUUUCUGUUGGAUGGCAUUAGUUUCAUACUCACUUUAUUUUACUGAUUUUGUUGGACAAGCUGUUUUCGGCGGAAGUCCAACGCUUGAUUUCAAUGAUCCAUUACGAUUAUUGUAUAAUGAUGGUGUUCGAUUUGGUUCAUGGGGCAUGUCAAUCUAUUCGAUAUCGUGCUCGAUUUAUUCAUACAAUAUACAAGCUCUCAACGAUUAUUUUGGUAUUAAACGAGUUUACAUCGGAUCGCAAAUCAUCUACGCUGUCGGAAUGUUGUUAAUGGGAUGCUUAAGACAUCGUAUUGGUGUCAUUGUAUUUUCAGCUGUCGCUGGCAUACUCUAUUCAACAUUAUUUACUAUUCCUUAUCUACUUAUUUCACAAUAUCAUACGUCGAAUCAGUUCGCUCAAUUAAAUGGAUCGAAUACACACGGACAGAUUCGUGGCAUUGGCACAGAUAUCGCUGUUGUCAGUAGUAUGGUCUUUUUGGCACAAUUAUGUUUAUCAUCAACAAUGGGAACAUUAGUUCAUUUUGCUGGUUCAACUGUUAUCGUAACUAUUGUCGCUAGUUUUCUUAGCAUUUGUGGUGCCAUAUCGGCUACACAAGUUCUCUACAUAUAA